AUGAACCUCUCUCAUCUUUCUCGUAGAACGCAAAACAUGGAUAACAAAACCACUGAACCAAGCGAUUUUACGGCCCCUCUUCUCCCCACAAGUUAUGGUGCCAAUGAUGAUGGCGUUGACUUUCUGGAAAAGGGACACGACGGAGCUUCUUCCGUACCAACUACUCUUUUACUCACCACCCUCGUCGCUGUGUUUGGUUCCUACGUUUUUGGCUCUGCUAUUGGGUAUUCAUCACCUACUCAAUCAGGAAUCAUGCGUGACCUCAAUCUCGGAGUGGCCCAGUACUCAAUUUUUGGUUCGAUAUUGACUAUUGGAGCUAUGAUUGGUGCUGUUGUUAGUGGAAGAAUAGCAGAUUAUGCAGGUCGUCGAGUUGCCAUGGGGUUUUCCCAGAUUUUCUGCAUCUUGGGAUGGUUUGCCAUAACAUUCUCAAAGAUUGCUUGGUGGCUUUAUGUUGGAAGACUGUUGAUAGGAUGUGGGAUUGGCCUUCUAUCUUAUGCGGUACCUGUUUAUGUAGCAGAAAUAACACCCAAGAAUCUUCGAGGGGCAUUCACUGCAGUUCAUCAGUUAAUGAUUUGUUGUGGGAUGUCAUUAACUUAUCUUAUUGGAGCAUAUGUCAAUUGGAGGAUCUUGGCUCUAAUAGGAAUUAUUCCGUGUCUUGUGCAGCUUCUGAGUCUGCCCUUAAUUCCUGAUUCUCCCAGGUGGCUGGCCAAGGUCGGUCGCUUAAGAGAGAGUGAUUCUGCUUUACAGCGCCUCAGGGGUAAGGAUGCUGAUGUUUAUCAAGAGGCCACAGAAAUUAGAGAUUAUACAGAAGCCUUUCAGAAGCAAACAGAAGCUAGCAUCAUUGGCUUAUUUCGAAUGCAGUAUUUGAAGUCACUUAUCGUAGGAGUCGGCUUAAUGAUACUGCAACAGUUUGGAGGGAUUAAUGGCAUUGUUUUUUAUGCAAACUCUAUAUUUGUAUCUGCUGGGUUUUCAGAAAGUAUCGGAACAGUAGCAAUGGUUGCCGUUAAGAUUCCAAUGACAACUUUAGGAGUACUUUUAAUGGAUAAAUCUGGAAGAAGACCACUUCUGCUGGUGUCUGCGGUGGGAACAUGCUUAGGAUGCUUCCUCGCUGCCUUGUCAUUUGUCUUGCAGGACUUAGACAAAUGGAGGGGAGUUAGCCCCAUUAUAGCCCUAGUGGGUGUACUGGUAUACGUGGGAUCUUACUCUAUAGGCAUGGGAGCAAUUCCUUGGGUUAUAAUGUCUGAGAUAUUUCCCAUCAACGUGAAGGGCUCUGCUGGAAGCCUUGUGACUUUGGUUAGCUGGUUGUGUUCUUGGAUUAUAUCAUAUGCUUUUAACUUCCUCAUGAGUUGGAGUUCAGCCGGAACUUUCUUCAUGUUCUCUGCCAUAUGUGGCUUCACUGUGCUAUUCGUAGCAAAACUGGUACCAGAGACAAAGGGGCGCACAUUAGAAGAAAUUCAAGCUUCUUUGAGUUCAUAUUCUUCAAAAAGAUGA